AUGUUCGACAUGUUCUUUGUUCCCUUCACCGCCACGCUGUCGCUCAAUUGGCCUUAUGAAGAAACGGACACGCUGCUUGUCGUGCCAGACUCAAACGACGUCAUGAUCAACCCCGUCUUCGAGCGCCACAUGCGCCGGCUCGAGAACUGGACCCUUGGGGACGCCUUCGCCCAGACUUUCCCGGGGCUCGAAGGUACGUAUAACUACAAGAGCUGCCGGCCGCGUGAGAGGCGGUAG